AUAGAAGAACAAAGUAUUGAUAGCUAUGGGGACUAGCAUAGGCACUUACAAGAGGUUCAAGCCUCAUAUCCUUAUGGUGUUGGCUCAAAUUGCUUACACUUUUCUGUACUUCAUAACUGAAGCUUCCUUCAAUCAUGGAAUGAAUCCUCAUGUCUACAUAACUUAUCGGCAUAUCGUUGCCGGUCUUGCUAUGCUACCCUUUGCCUAUUUUCUUGAAAGAAAGACAAGGCCAAAGUUAACUAUGGCUUUGUUGUUGGAGAUAUUUGUACUCUCUCUACUGGGAGUGAGUUUGACACUGAACAUGUACUUUGUGAGCUUGAACUACACUUCCCCGACUCUUCUUGCCUCAAUGGUCAACACUAUAGCUGCCUUAACAUUUGUACUAGCAGUUAUUCUCAGGUUGGAAGAUGCUAACAUUCGAAAUCCUAGAGGAAUGGCAAAAAUCAUAGGAACUUUGGUUUCCUUGGCUGGGGUUAUGAGCAUGACAUUAUACAAAGGACCUGUUAUGAAAAGCUUAGGACAUCCUCUCAUCUACAUCCACAAAGGGAAUGGUGUUAUCCAUGAGAACUGGUUAAAAGGCUCGAUCCUCACUGCUGCUAGCUGCAUUACAUGGUCAAUACGGUACAUCAUGCAGGCUUACACUUUGAAAAGAUAUCCAGCACAACUAUCGUUGACUACAUGGAUGAGCUUUGUUGGUGCAGCACAAUCAGCUUUCUACACAGUAAUUGUAAAACACAAACAAACAGCUUGGACCAUGGGUUUCAACAUUGAUUUCUGGUCUACUCUGUAUGGGGGAAUAGUGAUCUCUGGUUUAGUAGUGUACAUACAACUCUGGUGCACUGAACAAAAGGGACCAGUUUUCGUAACUGUGUUCAACCCACUCUCAACCGUACUAGUUGCAGGUCUAGCAUAUUUCUUCCUUGGUGAAAAGCUCUACACUGGCAGCAUCAUUGGAGCAGUAAUUGUCAUUAUUGGACUGUACUUGCUUUUGUGGGGAAAAGAAGAUCAACAACCAGAAAUGAAAGAGAAAGAGCAAUGCUCCACAACUAACGAAGUGCAUCACGAAGACCUUAGGAUGCAGAAAUUCACAUCAGAUGCAGACAAAUUUAGUGCAGAACCUUGAUAGUCUCUGCUCCUUUAUGUGGUGGGAAACAUGAUGACUUGCAUGCCUAAUCUGAAGUAGUAUGCUAGAAGUAAAACAAUAAUAGACAUAAUUCGAGUAUAGUCAAACAGAGAUUUACCUGCAACCUGAAUGUGUUACGAAUAGCAGACAUGGAUUCAUCUGAUGAACAAGGUGAAAGAAGAGACACCUCCUAAGAGAGAGAUUAUUAAGGGUUAUAUGUUCACCUCCAAAGUACAGAAGAGAUUAGACUCUUUUUUUCUUUUA